CUGAUAGGAGCUGACUGCUGACAUUUUUCUGCUGCUUGCAUUUGCAGUGUGAUUUGCAGGAGUUUAAUGUUUUAGUUACAGGAAGUUUUAGAGUUAAUAGGCAAAUAUUAACAAGAUGUCGAUUCCAAACCCGAUUGGAUUUCGGAGUCAAAUCCAACAAGUGCACAUAGCGGACGGAUUUGCGGAUGACUGUGAGGAGCUGAUCCAUCGUUGGAUCAAAACUGAUACGCUCACAUUCGAAACUUUCUGUGAGCUUUGGAAGGAUAUGCAAUUUGAUAUGCUGUACCAUGGCAGAUCUUCAGGAACAGAAUUAGCAGAGCUGUCGGAAGAACUCAUACAAAUUGCCAAACAUUACAUGGUCUCAAACCCUGAUAACUUUGAGGAAUCCGUAGGUGGUCUGUUUCUAGUGUACGGUUUAAUAAACCUGCAACCAUAUCCGGGCUUCGCAACGGUGCGCUUCGUGCCUGAGGAUGUUUACGCCAUCAAGAGGAUAGAAACCAUGGCGCGUGCGUCGAGGCGGAAGGAUGUGCUUUACAUCCUGGGCUCCGUGCUGAUCAAGGGACCUGUGCAGUACCACGCGGCAGCCAGGGAACGAGGAAUGGAAGCGGCUUUGAAGAAGUAUGCUGAAGGUACCACGGGCAUAGACAGAAUGGGCGUGCGGCCUAAAGGCGUGUUCUUCCGCCAGAAUGAGGAGCUGGAUCUGUUGAGAGAGCUCAACCAUAUCACCAGGCGGUACGCGGAAGCCAAGAAGGCCAUACCAGGUAACCCUAUAUGCCUCAACUACGUAAACGAAAAGCUGGCGACAGAACUGGACACAUCGCUCAAAGGAAUCAUCAAUGGAAUCGUGGAAGAGGGAGACGAGGCGAACAAGAAGAUAUCAGAGCACUACUCCACUGUCCAGGCGAUAAAGGACAAAGCCAUGAGGCAGGGUGUGGAAGGCGUCAAGUUCUUGGUCACCACUAAAGAAAAAGUCGAAGAAGAGAGUCCGGCCAAAGAAAAUGACGAGCCUAAGAAAAAGGAGAAAGUUAAAACGGAUAAACCGGCAUUUGUCAGGAAGAAGUACAAGAAAAGGUGCUUCGUCAAAAACCUCGCUAGAAAAACCCGCAAACGGAAAAGGGAAUCCUCUUCUUCUGACAGUAAUAGCCCUGAACCAAGUCCGCCACAGUCAGAUGGAUCUCAAGAAGACACAGACAACGAACUCCUAAAUUCUCCCAGUGAUUCUGACACAGAACCAUCACCCAAAUUAAAAGUAUACACAGAUCUCAAUCUCGAAGCAUUCACCAAAGCAGUCGAACCCGAAAAAACAGACCUCAAAGAGGCGGAUCUAAGUGGGGAAAAAGAAAUAAACAUCGAGAUAGACAGGAUACCAAUUUACAUAACGGAGCAGGACGGGAAAUUCUUCCAAAUAGAAAUCAUCGAUGAAAAGAACGAAUCCCAACCGGCUACAGAAGAUUCUGGAGCAACAUUGAGCAAAAUUGAUGAUGUUUCUAUCACGAAGAUAAACCCACACGGAGAAGGCACUUCCAAAGACUCAGAUUCAGAAGAAGAGACUGUGGUUACUGAUAAAGAAAUGAAGAAGAAGGCGAACUUGAAAAAGCCAGACAAAAAGGAACUGAAAAACACGAAAAUUAGGUCCAAGUUCAAACGGCUGGGACUGCUGCAUAUGACCAACUUCGAGAUGACCCCCGAAGAGCUGUCUGAGAAAAUGAAAAACAAAAGGGGUAGGAAAAAAAUUCAAAAAUCACCACAGUAAAUCAUGCAUAAUAACCAUCAAUACACUAAAACUGUACAUAUUAUUUUCAUAGACGUAGCUUGACGAUUAGUGAAAAUUAAAAUGAAAUAUUUUAUUCAGCGACACAAAACAACAUAAAAAAAUGAAAACAAAACUAGAACAAAAUAAAGUAUGUACUUUAUGUUCUAUGCGCGGGAGUGCGCAAGGUAUUUUCAUAUGGCAAUAGUUCGUUCGUUCUGCCAAAUGACGUCCACUGCUGUACAAAGGCCUUUCCCAAGUUUCCAUAGCGAAAAUCACCGGUCCUGAGGUGGAAUUGUGUAUAGCAAUCGUACCUAAUCAUUACAGUUCAUAACGUACGAUAAAAUCCGUUAAACAAAGCGUUUGACAGAAUAAUCGUACGUUAUGAACUGUCAAAUGAUAACGAUUGCUUUACACAAUUCCACCUCGUUUGCUUGCAUAAGGUAUGGAUUGUUUCAUCCACGAAGACGCGUCCCACCAAUUUUUGGUCGAAGGAAGCGCGGGGUGCGGGGAGUUUGAUCCGAGCAAUCCGCGGGAUCAUAAAUUGUAGUGUGCGUGUGCACUCAUGGAUAGUUUAGCGUGUACCGAUAAUGCUCAAACAUUAGCGGAAGAAUGGUGGGGCGCGUAGAUGAAACGAUAAAUCUAUACCUUCCGUGACCUUCAUUAGAUCAUCGGUCACAUGCAUAUUGCAUUGCAAGUACCAAAAACGCCAACUUAUCUACUCUGAUCAAUGUUUGUCACUUUUGUUAAUUUUGUUUUUUUGUUUUAUUUUCAUGUCAGAAAAAUCAAAACGCGAGGGAAAAUGAUCAAGCAUUCUUCCAUGUGUAUUUAAUUUAUAUUUUUGCACGCUCGCAUACUAUUGCAAAGACAGUGCAAGUUGUUUAUGGUGAUUCAAAUACAUAAUAUAUUACACAUUAUUAUAAACAUACUAGUUUUAUUUCAGUAUCUGGUAAUAUUAAUUUGAAAUGAAACAUGACAUACCACCAAAAUGUUUAUUAAUUACAAUUAAUUAGGUACUUUAGGAAUAGAUAAUUUUAGGGCGCCAUGUAAAAUAAAGCUAGAUUACUGACGGAUGUCGAAAUGGGUAUAUUGUCUGUCUCUUUCUAAUGUAUGCACGCGCUAUAUUUCCGUCCUGCUCUGAAAUCAAGCUAUAUUUUAUAAGGCUUAAUUACCACAUUUGAACGUCUAUGUAUACAUUUUAGGCCUUUCAAUAAAUUGAAGUCAGUCAAGCUGUAAAUUAAGUUAAUCAUGGUCUCAUUAUAGUUACAUUAAAAUCAGUUCAGCCAAUGAGUAACAAUCAGAUACACAUUUGUAAUAUUUUUCCUUGGUGUAUAAUUUUCAUGAAAUAAUCUUGUUUUAACAUUUCAUUAAUUCCUGUAAAUUGGUCUUAUUGAAAAUAAGAUCAUAAAAAUAAAGGCAAGCUAAGCAAUAAAUAUCUUAACUAAAUAAUAUACAAAAAAUGCGAAUCAAAAAAUUAUUAUACAUUUUGGUACUUUUACACUUUAUAAUAAGUUUUCUCAAAAUAGGAGAA